AUGAGCAUCAGUAAUAUUGAACUGCUCAAUGGAUCAAACUACAAGAAAUGGAAGGGAGACAUUGAAUUAAACCUGGGAAUUCUAGACUUUGAUCAUGUGCUAAGGGAGGAUCCACCACAGGAGCCAGCUGCUAAUGCAAGCAAGGAGACUAAGGACAAGUACCUGCAGUGGCAUAGGCAUAAUAGAAUGGCCUUGAUCUGCAUGAAGAAAAACAUGACAGAUGCAGUGAAGGGAGGAGUUCCAGAUUCUGAAAAUGCAAGGGUGUUUUUCAACUCCAUUGGAGACAAGUACAAGGUGUCUGACAAAGCUGAGACUGGAAAUUUGAUGAAUAAACUGAUCAAGAUGAGGUUCAAUGGAUAA